AGCCCGCGGGAGCCCGGCCAGCCGACCACUGUAGUGAAAGAAAGGAUGCAGUGCAGUUACGUAUUGUGUUUGGCUUUACUCGCUGCCGCUCUGGCAUGUGUCGGUGAAGCCGCCAAGUUCGACAACUUUCUGAAGCGAGUUAAGAGACAAGAGGAGUCGUCGACGAAAAAAGAGGAAAGUUUCGAGCAGGAGCUUUGCAAAGACAAGGAUGCCGGCGAGUGGUUCCGUCUGGUGGCCGGCGAAGGCGACGCCUGCCGUGACGUAAUCCAGUGCACAUCAUCGGGGCUGCAAGCCAUCAGAUGCCCUGCAGGUUUGUAUUUCGAUAUCGAAAAGCAAACCUGUGACUGGAAGGGUGCUGUCAGGAACUGCAAGCUCAAGAACAAGGAGAGGAAAGCAAAGCCUCUUCUGUUCACGGAUGAGCCACUCUGUAAGGAUGGGCAGCUAGCUUGCGGAAACGGCGAGUGUAUGGACCGUGGUCUUUUCUGUAACGGCGACAAGGAUUGUGCUGAUGGAUCUGACGAAAACACUUGUGACAACGACAACGACCCGAACCGAGCGCCGCCUUGCGACCCGGCCGUGUGCGUGCUGCCCGACUGCUUCUGCUCGGAGGACGGUACGGCCAUCCCGGGCGACCUGCCCGUCAAGGAUGUCCCCCAGAUGAUCACCGUCACUUUCGAUGACGCCAUCAACAACAACAACAUCGAGCUCUACAAAGAGAUCUUCAACGGCAAGCGCAAGAACCCCAACGGCUGCGACAUCAAAGCCACUUUCUUCGUCUCGCACAAGUACACCAACUACUCCGCCGUCCAGGAGACCCACCGCAAAGGCCACGAGAUCGCCGUCCACUCAAUUACCCACAAUGAGGACGAGCACUUCUGGAGCAACGCAACCGUGGAUGACUGGAUCAAAGAGAUGGGUGGCAUGAGGAUCAUCGUGGAAAAGUACGCAAACCUGACAGACAACAGCGUGGUUGGUGUCCGAGCUCCAUUCCUCAGGGUCGGAGGCAACAAUCAGUUCACCAUGAUGGAGGAACAAGCUUUCCUCUAUGACUCCACCAUCACAGCGCCCCUGUCCAAUCCACCUCUAUGGCCUUACACCAUGUACUUCAGAAUGCCUCACAGGUGUCACGGUAACCUGCAGCACUGCCCAACGCGGUCGCACGCCGUGUGGGAGAUGGUGAUGAACGAGCUGGACCGGCGCGAGGACCCCAACUUCGACGAGUACCUGCCCGGCUGCGCCAUGGUCGACUCCUGCUCCAACAUCCUCACCGGGGACCAGUUCUACAACUUCCUCAACCACAACUUCGACCGGCACUAUGACCAGAACCGCGCCCCGCUCGGGCUCUACUUCCACGCCGCCUGGCUCAAGAACAACCCCGAGUUCCUCGAGGCCUUCCUCUACUGGGUCGACGAGGUCCUCGCCAACCACAAGGACGUCUACUUCGUCACCAUGACGCAGGUUAUCCAGUGGAUCCAGAACCCACGGACCGUCUCCGAAGUGAAGAACUUCGAGCCAUGGCGGGAGAAGUGUAACGUGGAGGGCCCACCAGCCUGUUGGGUUCCGCACUCCUGCCGUCUCACCAGCAAGGAGGUUCCCGGGGAGACCAUCAACCUCCAGACCUGCGUGAGGUGUCCCAACAACUACCCCUGGGUCAACGACCCCACCGGCGACGGAUUCUUCUAAUCGAUCUCACCCAGUCGUUAGUCAGCCACCCCCGGCAUCGCACCAGAAGAAUCGUCUUUUGAAGCCACCCCUGCCGCAGGGUCCAGUGUCGCAGGCAGUCAGCAAUCGCCGGCAAUUCGCAAGACUCACCCGUCAAAUUCUAAAUAUUUGCAUCGACGUAGUUAAUUUUUCAUUCAUACAGAACAUCGAAAGAACGAACUCGCCGUAGAGCGCCUUCAAAUCCUCGCGAUACUCUCCGCUUCGCCAGGCAGCUAGUUUGGUUGCCUGCCCGAACCGAAUCCGACUAGGGUCACUUAAAUCGCCACACACGCUCGUGUGUUGGGUGGCGCCAUGUUUUCAAGAGGAGAAAAACAUGUUUUUGAAUUUUAAGCAUACAAUCCGCACUUUCUAUCUCGAAUAAUUACUUCUGAAUUUUUACACUUUUUAUUCAGCGCAAAUAGAUUGCUGAUUGCCGGUGAUUGCUGAAUGCCUGCGACACAUACAUUGCAGAGAAUGUGCAAACUGUCGCUGAGGAUAUGAAAUAUUGCAGAGAGCGUGUAAUAUUUUCCUCAUUUUCUGGUCAGCUAAAUUCAUGUCGCGUAAUGAGUCAUAUUUAUAUCUACCAUGUAUUUGAUUUUAUCUUUUUUGAAAGACGCCCAAAAUCAGCAUAUAUCAGCAGACUGUCAGAAGUAAAAUAUCCCGCAAUUUUUUUAAAUAAUUAAUAAGUUCAUCCUCUUUUGCGUCUAAAACCUCUAUGGCUCGUAUCUAUUCGAAAGAAAUCUGUCGAAUACGACCCAUUCUCUGCAAAUAGACGUUCUUUUGCUGGUUCAUCUGAUUGAUUUUGCAACACAAAGAAAAUCUACCUCCAUUGCAGCGUUGUUGUUCAGUAUUUCUAAAUUUUGCAAUGGAGCUGAAUGCAUCAUUUAUAUUUGAAACUCAAUCUAAAAGUCAGUUCUAUUUAUUCACCAGUUUUUUUAGUAUUUUUAUCGUGUUGCAGUAUUCAUCGAUUUAAUUUCAAUUUGAAGACAGUUCAGUGACAACCAUCGAUCGAUUACUGUAAUCUCGAUUAAAAUAUCGUUAACUUUUACUCUUGUAUAGAACUGACCUUACAUUUUCUUUUACAAGGUGACAUUUUUUUUUAAAAUUCAAAGCCACCCAAUAGAAUGAGAUGAACUCUACUCAAUUCCACUCUUUCAAAACGUACUUUGUAUCAUUAAACAUUAAAUGAUAAGCGAUUAGCCUUUAUUUGAUCUUAAACUCUCUGUUAGUACGCUGCAAUGUUACCAGUCGCGGAACAUCAAGUCCGACACCGAAAACCCGGAAAUUGAUCAAUUGUGAUAACUUGCGCGCAGGAUUGCGGUUUGAUGAUUGAGCCCUGCAGAAUAGCAAAAUUAAGACAAAUUCUGGUAGAUUCGUUCAUGAUUUACGAAUCUUCAGGACUCUGCCAUCAAAAUACGAUUCUGCAGACACACGCCCAACACGACAUUGCAACAGAGUCGUAUCACAUCUACUUCCAACGACUCCAUGGUGAAUGGCUCCCAUAAAUCCAACUUAAACUCCGAGAUUGAAAUUUAGCAUCUCCGAACAAAGCACGAAGCAUGCGGUGCCGUCCAACAUUAAGAGCCUUUCCGCGUGUUCGGAGAAUGGUAUAUGACUCAGCGCAAUAAAUGAUUGAUGAUUUCGGCUUGGCCACCGUUCAGUGUUCACGACCCGGCACUACCCAGCUCGGAGAAAAACCGCCUAACGCCAAUGGAGUUAUAAUACAGAUUCGUGGUUGUACUUUUCCAGUCGCCUCGGAUCUGAUAAUUGCGGGACGGUUUAGUGCCCGGUCUGUCAGUCGGCCAGAAUUGCAGGGCGAGAAUCGGUCACGCUGACCUUUGCAUUAUGUAAGCUCUGAUGCACUAUUGUCGUUAGAUCAGUUCAGCCGAUCCGCUGGCUCCAGCAUUUUACUCGAUUUUCGUUGUUACAUGGCAGCUGGAAUCCGUUUCGUUUUGACCCCGUGAUGUUUAUGACUGGAAGUUUUCAAGGUAGAAUUAAUUUAUGACGGAUCCUCUCCACUCGCAAAGAGAGUGCAAUCACAGACGUUUGAUUCCAUGUUGUUGUGCAAAAAAUAAUCUGACUCCAAUCGAAAAUCUACUUCUCAAUUUGCAUAACAGGGCUUUAAUCCUGAGGGAGAAAAAAAUCGGAUACCGUACUCGUCGCACGCAGAGGGGCGUAAUUUACGUUCGGCUGCAUUAUAUUUUAAAAUAUUUUAUGCGACCCUCGGGAAAAAGUAAAAUAUAUCGAAAAAUAAAUUAGAUAAAUUGUGUUGAAAAAAAAACUCCCUCGAAGGUUUGAUUAAAAAAGCAUACUUACAAAGUUGCAAUACUUCAUCUCAUCCCCAAUCUGAAGUGAAAAUCGGAAUACACGAGCUUUUGAUGCGAUAAUGAAGAGCUGCUACAAUUUUCGUGCAAAUUAGUGUCAUAGAUGAUAGCAGAGGAAUCAUUAUAAUAUGAGUCACCCGGGAAAACAAUGGAGCAAGUAAUGAAAAUGAACUUUCGCUGUCAGCUGGUAGAGUUGACCUAUUGUUGCGUCAUCCAGUAUAAUGUCCGUGAACAUUGGGAGACAGUGAAUGGAAAUCAGUGUUGCCGAGACUAUGGAAUAAAUUCAACUUAUCCCACUCAUUCAGUGAGAGUUUAAAGCAUACCUUCAGCCUCCGGUAAGCUGAUUCUGUGAAGCCGAUUCGACUGGACUGGACAAGUUCGACACGAUAUUUCAUCUGCUUUGUCCUGCCAAAACGGUCGUUAAAAAUGUAUGGAAUCAUCCUGAAGGGAUGUAUCAACCGAUUGAAUGGAGGACAGUCCAAUUCUCUUCCACUGAUUCAAUGAAUUUUAAAAUUAUGAUUUUUGUGAGAAGGAUAAUUAAUCAGAAGUAUCUCGUGCAACGCCAACCUCCUUCCCUUCAUGUAAAAAAAAAAUGGCUGGACAGGGCUGAUAAAAUCUCAGUGAACGGUUUGACAACAGCGCCAUAGUGUCGGAGAAUCAUGAAGCACAGCUCAUUACACAGAAGAAAUUGCAGUCUUUUGGAGGAUUAAUUCGCUAAGCGCAAUCUAGCUCUUUUGUUCCUCUUUUUUAUAAAUAAGAAAAAAAGAUCGUGCUCGAUCAAUGACUCGCUAAUUUCCAAACGCCUUUGAGCGAGCAGUCUUCGAAGACUUCCUCCUUCGUGUGUAAUUUUCUCGCUGCAGGAAGUGGAUUUUCUGCAAGCCCUCUCUCAUUGUAACCGCGUCUAAAUUCGCGUCUCGACUCGGAUCGAUUCAACUAAUUCGAAGAAACCGUCUCUUCCUUUCCCGGAAAGAUCAUCGCUCGACGCUUUUGUCAGUACUAAAUCAAAGAGAAUGAGAGAAAAAAAACACGGGAAUCGGAUUGUGCUGUAUUCGGACAUAAAAAAACAAAAAAGGGAAAGAACUCACCAAAUCAAAAAAAAAAAAAAAAAAAAAUGGUAAGUAGUUUAAAAAUUGUGAGAUGUUUGGGCGGGACGAGUCAAGAGAUAAGAAUAAUUAGUUUGCCUUGUUUUCACCACGAAUAAUAAUUGAUUUUUUGUGCUGUUUUAGCUUAAAAGAAGAAAGGAAAUCUAAUAAGGCUUUAUAUUACGAGUUAAUAUCUGUUUUCAGUGUUUUGAUGAUACCAUGUGGUCGCUGAAGUUUAACAAAAGUUGUUUUUUACCAAAUCCUGAAAGCAACAAUUACUUCAUGUCCGCAGGCAUCGUGGUAGCGAUAAUGAUUGGUAUCAUCGUAAUGAUUACCAGAACUUUCACCUGGGUCCCGAUAUAGCUCAGCAAUUUAAAAAAAAAUAUUUGAAAUGUAUUUUAAAUCUUAUCGAUUGCGCAUUCCAAUUUGUCUUAUACGUCUCACAGUUUUGGUAAAUAUUUUUGACACUAAAUGUACCCGAAAAGCCCUAAUCUUUUUACCCCUAGUAACUUUUUUAAAAGCCGAUAAAUACGUGCGGUUUGAAAUAUCAAUUUUGGACGUCAGUUCAUGAAUGUUCGACCUGGCAGCGUGCAUGUGGCUCUUAAAGUCAUCAUCGAUCCUUAAAUAUAAUAAAAUUCCAAACCAGUUUUGUUUGAACAACAUAGCUGCCACCCUUGUCAUAAUAAAAUAAUUUCUUGUCAGUCUAAUGUGUACCUAGGAUUGAAUAUAGUCCGUAUCAACUGGUUCACAAAUUCACCAUAGCGAAUGAUUAUAAUGGGUGCUAUACCAUACGUGCUAAAAUCAUUGUAUAGUUUUUCAUUAGUUGGAUGGUUUCCAGGACGAUUUGACAACAAUGAUGGUCACUGAUUUUACGUUCACUUUCUCUCGAUACUCAAAAAAUAUUAAGCUUACGGGUCGAUGCGAAAGCUAUCAUUAUGCAGAGGGCAUGAACGCCGAUUCUUUGCCACUGCAGAUUCAGAAUGAUUAAAACCGGUAUCUCUUUGUCAUUGAAUUCUAUAAAAAUUCAUAUUUGCUUUCAGAAAAUGUUCAGCGUGAUGUAGAUAACAUUGCAGCACCAUGAAAAAACACGUUAAAGAGACGACUAAAGCAUACAUUUAAUUUUAAAGUUAUAUUGUCACCACGAGAGUCUCAAUUUAAACUUCCGCGUGUAAGGCUAUUACUUAGAAUGAGUCCAAAAUGAAAAUCAAUGGUAUUUUUUUUUUCUCUUUUUUUUAAAUAGUUCUCUCUGAUAUAAUCAAAGAGGAAAGACCGAUAAUGACAGCAACCAAAAACAUCUGUAAACGAUAGAAACAAGUUGAAAAUACUUAUUCUUAAACGACUUUUCUUUUUCCUAUUUACAAUUCUUUGUUAAAAGCAGUACAUAUGUACAUUUUACUGGUGGAUAUUUUAGAAAGUAAGACUUUUGGCCCUUUGUAUUAUUACCUCCCUGAAAGACACUGCGAUUCUUCAAUCGGGCCAAAAAGUGUACCAAAAAUGUACAUAUCAGAGGGAAUGUGUAAAUAAAACUUUCUUUUUCAUUUACGUUAAGUCGUCUUUUUAAAUUAUUGUUAGGGAAAAAUAAUCAAACGAAACCUAAUCUGAGGUAGUAAUUUAUUAUAAUUAUAGACUGUUAUAUGCUGUGAGUCUUGAUGACAUGAAAACCAUUUGAAUGGUCAGUCGGAUUAGAAUAUUACGAAAACGGAAUGCCGCUAAGACGGUAGUUAUUAGCAUAUUAGGUCAAUACUGUGAUGUCCGUAAAUAGAAUUCAACGACCUUUAAGUAAAAUUAAAUCAUAAUCAAUGUUUAAAUUACUCAAAAACUUAACAUUUUCAUCAUAUCUUUUCUAUUUAGUCAAAAAUAGGAUAUCAAAGGAUGAGAUAACGAGAACCAUGACAUUAAAUCAAUGAUCCUAACGUUGAUGAAAAACUUCGUUUAUUUCAAGCCAUAUUAUCAAUGUCUAUCUACUUACACAAACUUUUUGUGUUCAUGUAUAAUUAGUUUAUAUUGUCAAAACUAUCUUGACAUUGGAUUAUUUGACUUUUGUUGUUCUACUACAUGUCCAUUUAUUUUUACUUCAGAUCCAAAUUUUCUAGUUAUCUAUUUAAAGAAACACAUGUUUGUUUCUCAAACUCAAUUUUACACUCAGUUCUGCAUGCAAAGCAAAGAAAAAGACAAACAUUGUACAUUUAAAAUUUAGUAGUUAUGAAACAAAACUGUAAGUAAUAAAGUGUACAUUGAUCCUUAA